AAAAGCCCCCAGGAGUUCCCAAGGGUGGUUCCAGAGGUCUCCAAAGAACUGGACUGGACAUACUCCGUAGCCAUUUUGACUCAAGCCAUUUUCGCUCAGGCCCUUGACCAGGUCUCUCCAGCUGCUGCCCGGGCGCGGCUUCUCUCGUCGUCGUCGCGCGCCACGAGCGCGGCAGCGCGGGAAACUGCGCGAGCGCCAGGUGCCAUGCAGAUGCCUUUGGCGCAGGCUGUACCCGCAGAGUCGGCCUCGGAGGGCGAGCCCGAGGCCGUGGCGGCACCCUGGCCGCGGUCCCGCUUCCGCCUGCCGGCAGUCAGUGCGCUCGCCAUCCUCUUGGUGGUGGCGAUCUGCGCGGUCGCGGGGGGCGGUUCUGGUGGCCCGAUCCCCGUGCGCGGGAGGCCGGCCGACGUGAUCAGCAUGCCAGAUUGGGGCAAAGAGGCGAGGUUGGCGCCGUGGACAACUUCGAUCGUCGAGGGCGCUGAGCAGGGCGUCGCCCUCGUCUGUGGCCAGGCGAUGAAGCCAGAUGGCACUCCGUCCCAGGUGCUGGUCUCCCGCGCGAAGGGGGCGAAGAAGUUGCUGGACGAUGGGAAGGUGGUAGCGUUGAUGGUCUCUGGGGGAGACCCCGCGGGCGUGGGUAUGACCGAGGCUUUUGCAAUGAGGCAGGUCCUGAUGGACGAGGGGAUCCCAAAGGACAAGAUCAUUCUGGAGUCUCAGGCAUUCACCACUGCGGAGAACUUCUGGUUUGCCAUGCGGUGGAUCCCUCCAGGCACGGGCAAGUUCUACAUAGUGACGUCGGAAUUUCACGCUCCCAGGGCAUGGUGGACCGCUAAUGCUGUCUUCAAUCACUUCUACAAGAUGCUUGAGGACGAGUUCAAGGACGAUGAGCGCUGGACAAGCAAGACCAAGAAGUACCCGAGAUUGGAGGUGAUUGUAGAGGCCAUUCCCAACUUUUGCGGCACAGACCCCUCCACGGCAGACGACGUCACCCUCGGUGUUGACGUCAGUCGGAGGUCGCUGGCAUUCCGCGCGAUGCGCGAGAUGGACAUCAUCCAACGGAAGCCCGCCAACAUGUACGGUGCCGUCCCGAAAGAGGGCCAGCUGAACAUGAACGCCGUCUGGUUCGCCAUGAUCGAUGUCAACAAGGACAACGAGACGGCCAAGAACUGGGAUACUGCGAUAGCGCAGCUGAUGAACGUCGUAACAGCAGUCUGCGUGUGCAAGGGGAGCAUGGAGGGUGACGGCCCAGAGAUCGAAGAGUAUCCUCUGGCCCUGCCUAUCAGCUCGGACUUCCCCGCGGGAAAGACAGUCGACGACCUGGAAGCAGUCAAGAAGGAGUGCAAUCCCGACACUGACCCCUUGGAUCCCGGCAAAAAAAUCUCCGAGAAGGACAGGGAGGAGAUCGAGCUCGAGCUCUCCGACGACUACGACACAAUGGAUGCCGCGGGUGCCGGCGCUGCGACGACUACCGGCAAGCCCUGAGCGCUCCGACAUCGUCCUGAAGCUUGAACAUCUCAGCAGCUUCCAGGGACGCCCGAAGCAGGGUUUUAGAGUCCUUGUGGCUGCUGUUAGGCGGUAGCUGUUGGGGGGAUGUAUCGAAGACGCCCGCGGCGAAUCACCGCCGCCCCCCGCCUCUUGAACACUUGGGGGAGGAUGGACAUGCCCGAACUUCGAUUGGGCAGGGAGACAUCGUGGGACCAGGGCACGGCGCGCCGGGGCUGCGGCCUAGCCCCCGUGGGCCAUUGUGCCUCGGCGUUUCUCUUCGCGCGCACGCGCCAAAGGGAUCUUCGCUCGAGCGGCCGCAGGUGUCGCGCAAACGUGUGUCACGCAGGCAGCAUACCCUCGGCUGGCUCACGCUGGCGGCGGCGCGCUGCCAGCGUGAGCCGUUGUCAGGGUGGGCCGUUGGCAGCACGUCUGCACGGGCCGAAGCUCCGGGAGGCCCCCGUUGAGCUGUUUGGACGGCUUCGUCGUCAUUUGUAUCUGCCGACCGCCGUAUUUCGAGCCAGAAUGAAGCAGACACAAAUUAUCCGGGCGAAGGACCCAAC